CUCAGGAAAACGUGCUGCAGAAACAACAGUCAACAAUUUCUAAAUUUCUCCCCAGAAGUAACACAGUGCAGUUUUUAGUAAAAAUGUGCGAAGAAUCAGCACUCAUAAAUAUGGAUCAGAAGCAAGAAAAUUAUAAGAAAAUCGACGGAGAAAGACCUAAUAUUUUUAAAAUUAUUAGAAGAUUAGCAAGUGCUUGUAGUAAAAACAAAAUCAACUUUAAACAAAUUAAAGCACUGAAGGAAAAACAUGAAAUGUUGCGCGAGUUAGAAAUUUUGAACAGAUUAGAUGAAACUUGUUUUGACACACCGCAGUCUAAACUUUGUUUCAAAAAGGACGUGUUAAGGGAAGUACUGCGUAAAUUUUACGAAGAAUGUGACAAUGAUAAAAUCGAUUUGUGGUUCCUUGGUGCUGCAACUUGUAAUUUAGAAAAAUUAAAGGAAAUUGCUAGAGACUGUGACAUAAUGUAUCUUUGUCGGCCGCGACAUUGUGAUUCAGCUCUUGUUUUCUCUCUAAAAUAUGGAAACAUUCUCGAUGUCAAUUUUUUAGAGUGUGUAAAUAUUUUACUUGGGGUUGGAAUCAGCGUUAAUGAACCCGACUUUAAUGGACGAACUGCUCUCGAUAUCGUUUGUGAAUUAUAUGAAGAUAACAAAAAUGACGAAAUGGUUCUAGAGAAAUUUAAAAAAUUGGUGUCCAAGUUGCUCGAACAAGAUGUAUAUCAGCCACUGUUACUGAAAAAAACAAAAAAAAUUCUUCAAACUUUUCAACAAGAAAACAAAAACUCGAUAUCUCAAAUAAAAGAGCAACAUAAUUCUAAAGAAACAGAGAAACUACAAUUAUUUGCUUGGAUAGGCAAAGAACGAACUCAGGAAUUGCUCCGUUUUAGAGAUAUACGCAAUUUUGUAGACUGUGAUAACGGUGAAUACACUCUGUUGCAAUUUGCAUGCAAAAAAUCCGAAAAAAUGCAUCCAGUCGUCAAAUUCUUAGUAGACAACGGUGCAAAUAUCAAUAAUGUCACGGAAGUUUACAACAUCACCCCCCUGGAAGUUGCAGCGAAGAAUAAUUACGAAAGAAGUUUUGAAGAAAUUCUUAAAAAUAAGAAUCUCAAGAUCACACAAAGAAUGUUUAACAAUUUUGUUAAGUGGCGCUCCUGUCCCAUGAAAUUAAAAAUUUUUGACCUGUUUUUAGAAUCAGAUAAGCUGGACCCCAAUUUUACUUACGAAACAACUGGAAACACUCCUCUGCAUUAUGCAACGCGUUUUCGCCACAAAGUUGCAAUACAAAAGUUAUUGAAACGUUCUCCACAAACGCUGUUUGUUGAAAACAAAAACGGAAAAACUGCUCUCGACAUAACUGAUGCUCAAGAUCUUGAAAAGUAUUUUGAUUCAUGUGUGGCCUUGGACAGAUACGCGAUGGAUUUCAGUGCUAAUGAUUACAAAAUGCUCUUUCGGUUUAAAUCACUAAUAAAUAGCAGAAAUAGUGAAAAUGACGAAGUCGCUAUUGUUUCGAGAAUUUCAAAACGUAAGCACUUGGAACAAUUGUUAACUCACCCUCUAAUACACACUUUCAUUGUUUUGAAGUGGUCUAAAAUUGAGAAGUACUACUGGAUGAUUCUAUUUCUACAAGGUUUGCUGUUUCUCGCUUUAAGCGUAUGUUUUUAUUGUUUAUCUGAUUCUUCUCAACCUGAAUUCAAUGUGUGUAUUUUCUUUACGAGUUUGAAUUUUGUUUUAAAAUUAGGUAUCGUGUUCGGACAUAGAUGUUGGAUAUUUAACAACUUAAGAAUGCUAACUAUGUAUGAAUGUGGCGAAGUUUUGCUAAUGUUGACUCUUUUCGGAAGUUUUUUCUCUGCUGAAUGUAGAGCAUUUGCUUUUAUAGAAAUGUCACUUUUAUUUCUAUUGACUGUCGGCUACCAUCCAAAAAUAGCCAAGUGGUCAGUUAUGCUAAAAAAAGUUUUUGAGAGUUUUACUCUACUGAUGAUAUUUUUCACUUUGAUAAUUAUAGCUUUCGCUGCCGCUUUUCAUGUGCUUUUCAAAGACACAGAGCACAAAUUUUUCACAUCUAUUGGAAAAUCCAUUUUUAUUACGUAUGUCAUGAUAACUGGCGAAUUUAACAUAGGAGAAGUUGAUUUCAAAUCAUCGAAUAUUGGAGGUUAUAUUCUAUUUUUCAUUUUUGCAAUUUUUAUGGCUUUGGUUAUCGUGAAUUUUUGGACUGGUGUGGCUGUCACGGAUAUAGGUACUAUACAGCAAGAUGCUGACGUUAACGCUUUUAAAAAUGUUAUAACUUUUAUGGCGUUCGUUGAACGGAGGAUUUACGCAAAUAAGAUUGUGCGGAAAUUUUUACCUUGUUCUUUCUUAUUUGUCAAAACCGAAACUGAAAAAUACGAAGUCGACUUUUAUAUCAACAAGAAAAAUCAAUUUGAGGGAAGAAAGAAUUUUCCCACGAAUGUAGGCCAAAAUUGUUUAGAAAAAAUUAAGAAUUUUAAUUCGAGACGCCAGAGUGAUUUAGAUGCGAAAAAUAUUUUGCUGAAAUUAGAAGAAGUGACGAAGAUUUUAAAUGAAGUAAAGAAGACUGGAAUUAGAAACGAGAACUAUCUCAGAAAAAAAACUGAUUCACAAAAAAUAGGUGUAUGAAAAUGGCCAACACAGAGUUUAUAAUUUGAUUUAUUGUACAAAUUUUGUUAUGUCUACCUGU